UUUUUCCCUUUUUCUUUUCUUUAUUUAUUAAACAUGAGUACCGAUUCAAUGGCUCGCAAGAAUUACAAAUGGUUAAGCAUUCUGUUAUUUAUAUCAAGCAUAGCUUUACUAUCAACCUACUAUACAACACCCAGUACAUCAAGUUACUCUUAUUAUAGACGAGCCGUAUUUUAUAGAGAUGAUUCCGAAUUAGAAACAACCAAUACAUCUGUGAUGAGUUGGACAGAUGGCAAUGGUGCUGUCCAUCAAUUGCCCAUAGAAACCUUCUUUUCUAAAUCAUUCUCUUAUUCUGGGCAAUCUAAGAUUAUCCCAUACUACUAUAAAGCUGAAAUGAACCUGGAGUCCAAAGACAUCACUAUCGUUACCUUGGUCACCAGGAACAGAAUACCCAAUUUAGCAAGAUUGGCAAAAAAAUAUAAAGGCCCUAUAUCUACUACAAUUCAUAUAUCAGAUGAUGAAGAAGGAGAGUACACUUUGGAAAUCUUGGAGCAAACCAUGGAAAAGAGCCCAGAUAUGCGUAAAUAUGUGGAUGUUCACAUCGUACGUGAUGAAUUUGACAGAGAACUUAACCUGUGGAGAAAUGUGGCCAAGUUGUUUGCAAGAACUGACUAUGUACUGCUACUUGACAUCGACUUUUACCCUUGUACAGAUAUAAGGAAUAGCGUUUUGAAUAACCCCAAAGCCAUGUCCCUACUUGAAUCCGGUGAGGCUGCGCUAGUGAUUCCUGCAUUUGAAUUUUCAAAACAAGAAGAUGGCUUGGAUUACCGCACAUUUCCCAAGAAUAAGCCUGAUCUCAUAAAAGCCUACGAGGACAAAAAGAUUGAAAUGUUCCACUCAUUUUGGUUACCUGGUCAUGCUCCUACAGAUUACGAUCGUUGGACUUCUGUUGAUGAUGGCACCAUCUAUGAAGUGACUACCUACCAGCACUCUUAUGAGCCCUAUGUUAUCUAUAAGAAUCAAGGAUCUCCCUGGUGUGAUGAGCGAUUCGCUGGCUAUGGAAGUAACAAGGCUGCAUGUCUCUAUGAGCUCUAUAUCUCUGGUGUAGAUUAUUAUGUUUUACCAAAUGACUUUAUCAUUCAUCAAACACACGCAUACCCUGAUGAAGCAAGACAAGUGGAAAGAUAUUAUAAUAGAAGACUGUAUACACAAUUUAGGGAAGAAUUAUGUAUUCGAUUAGCACGUAGAUUCAUCUCUCAAAAGAAGUGGGAUGAUCCUAUAUCAGAUAACUUGCGUAGAGAGUGUGCCUCUAUUAAACCAUUCCAAAGAGCCAUUGCGAGAUUCAUGUAACAUUUUAUUCACUUUCUUUGGCUUAUAUAUUUGCUUGUACAUUACCAUCUUUUUUUCUUUUUUCAUUCUUUUUUCUCUUUACAUACAUAAUAAUAAACAUUUAUACAAAAAUGGCAAUUUAAACUCUUACCAAAUAUAUAAGCCCAAAAUACAGAUUUUAAGCCAUAUGUGGUAAAGUGAACAGACAAAGGACUUCACUAGGCGUACGUGUCUUUGUCAAGUGCCACUUUAUUUCU